GCGGCGCGGGGGCCGCGGCCGGGCCCGGCUGGGAUGUGGCCGUGCGGCCGCUGCUCUCCGCGUCCUACUCGGCCUUCGACAUGAAGGAGCUGCCGCAGCUGCUCGCCUCGGUCAUCGAGAGUGAAUCUGAGAUCCUGCACCAUGACAAGCAGUACGAGCCUUUUUACUCCUCCUUCGUUGCACUUUCCACACACUACAUCACUACUGUGUGUGGUCUCAUACCCAGAAACCAGUUGCAGUCAGUGGCAGCUGCGUGUAAAGUCCUGAUUGAAUUCUCCCUGCUGCGCCUUGAAAACCCAGAUGAAGCAUGUGCUGUUUCACAGAAACACCUCAUUCUGCUGAUCAAGGGGCUGUGCACGGGCUGCAGCCGCCUGGACCGGACAGAAAUCAUCACCUUCACAGCGAUGAUGAAAUCAGCCAAGCUGCCUCAGACUGUCAAAACCCUCUCUGAUGUUGAGGACCAGAAGGAAUUGGCCUCCCCAGUGAGCCCGGAGCUGAGACAGAAGGAAGUGCAGAUGAACUUCCUCAACCAGCUGACAUCAGUCUUUAACCCCAGAGUCUCAUCAUCACCAUCAAUCACAACAGAGACACAGGUGGAAGGAGAGAGUGAAGAUCAAGCUGCCACAGAUCAAACCUCUGCAGCAAAGACCAAGAGCAUAUUCAUUGCUCAGAAUGUGGCCAGCCUGCAAGAACUUGGUGGCUCCGAGAAGCUGCUGCGCGUGUGCCUGAACCUGCCCUACUUCCUGCGCUACAUCAACCGCUUCCAGGACGCCGUGUCCGCCAACUCCUUCUUCAUCAUGCCCGCCACCGUGGCCGACGCCACGGCCGUGCGCAACGGGUUCCACUCGCUGGUCAUCGAUGUCACCAUGGCUCUGGAUACUCUGUCCCUGCCCGUGCUGGAGCCCCUGACACCCACACGUCUCCAGGAUGUGACUGUUCUUGCUCUCAGCUGUCUCUAUGCAGGUGUGAGUGUGGCCACCUGCAUGGCCAUCCUGCACGUGGGCAGCACCCAACAGGUACGAACCGGCUCGACGAGCUCCAAAGAAGAAGAUUAUGAAAACGAUGCUGCUACUAUUGUACAGAAAUGUCUUGAAAUCUAUGAAAUGAUUGGACAAGCCAUCAGCAAUUCACGCCGUGCAGGGGGGGAGCAUUAUCAGAACUUCCAGCUGCUCGGGGCUUGGUGUUUGCUGAACAGCCUCUUCCUCAUCUUGAACCUCAGCCCCACGGCCUUGGCUGAUAAGGGGAAGGAGAAGGAUCCCUUGGCUGCUCUUCGUGUCAGAGACAUCAUUGCUCGCACUAAGGAGGGCGUGGGGUCUCCCAAGCUGGGACCUGGGAAAGGGCAUCAAGGGUUUGGGGUGCUUUCAGUGGUGCUGGCAAAUCAUGCCAUCAAAUUGCUGUCAUCUCUUUUCCAAGAUCUGCAAGUGGAAGCAUUACACAAGGGCUGGGAGAGCGAUGGGCCUCCAGCAGUGCUGGAUGUCAUGGCUCAGAGCACGUCCAUCCAGAGGAUCCAGAGGCUCAUAGACUCUGUGCCACUCACUAAUCUGCUGCUGACUCUGCUCUCCACUUCCUACAGAAAGGCCUGUGUCCUGCAGCGCCAGAGGAAGGGCUCCAUGAGCAGCGAUGCCAGUGCCUCCACUGACUCCAACACUUACUACGAGGAUGACUUCAGCAGCACUGAGGAGGACAGCAGCCAAGAUGACGACAGUGAGCCAAUCCUGGGGCAAUGGUUUGAAGAGACAAUCUCUCCCAGCAAAGAGAAAGUGGCUCCACCACCACCCCCUCCACCCCCUCCUCUGGAGAGCUCACCCAGGGUGAAGAGCCCCAACAAGCAGAGUGCUGGGGAGAACGGGAACAUCCUGGCCAGCCGCAAGGACCCCGAGCUGUUUUUGAGCCUAGCUUCAAACAUUUUGAACUUUAUCACUUCUUCUAUGCUGAACUCCAGGAAUAACUUCAUCCGCAACUACCUGAGCGUGUCCCUGUCGGAGCAGCACAUGGCCACGCUGGCAAGCAUCAUCAAGGAAGUGGACAAGGAUGGCCUGAAGGGCACGUCAGAUGAGGAGUUUGCUGCUGCUCUGUAUCACUUCAACCAUUCCUUGGUGACCUCAGAUCUUCAGUCCCCUGCCCUGCAGAACACACUUCUCCAGCAGCUGGGAGUUGCUCCUUUUUCUGAAGGUCCGUGGCCUCUCUACAUCCACCCUCAAAGUUUGUCGGUGCUGUCGCGACUCCUCCUGAUUUGGCAGCAUAAAGCCAGUGCCCAGGGAGAUCCUGAUGUUCCAGAAUGCCUUAAAGUCUGGGAAAGGUUUGUGGGCACCCUGAAGCAAAAUGCCUUGCAGGGGACUCUCCCCAGUGACACAGAAGAUCUGAAUGUGGAGCAUCUCCAGCUGCUGCUGCUCAUUUUCCACAAUUUCUCAGAGAGGGGCCGCAGGUCCAUCAUGAUGCUGUGUAUCCAGACCAUCGUGGAGCUGACAGCAAACAUGGAGACCCAGCAGAGUUCUGUGCCUCUGAUCGUGGCACGGCUGCUCCUGGUGUUUGACUACCUGCUCCACCAGUAUUCCAAGGCCCCCGUGUACCUGUUUGAACAGGUCCAAUAUAAUUUGCUGACUCCACCCAUUGGCUGGGUCAGUGGGUCCCAGGACAGCAGCAGACGAACGUCUGUCCCACUUUAUCAUGGCUUUAAAGAAGUGGAAGAAAACUGGACCAAACACUGUUCAUCAGACUCUGCUCCACAGCCCAGGUUCUACUGCAUCCUGUCUCCAGAAGCUUCUGAGGAUGAUCUGAACCGUCUGGAUAGCACGGUUUGUGAGGUCCUGUUCUCCAGGGCUGCAAAGUACGAUGAGCUCUACACAGCCCUCACCUCGUUACUGGCUGCUGGCUCCCAGUUUGAUACACUCAGGAGGAGGGAGAACAAAAAUGUCACUGCACUGGAAGCCUGUGCCCUUCAGUACUACUUCCUGAUCCUGUGGCGGAUCCUGGGGAUUUUGCCUCCCUCCAAAAGCUACAUGCACCAUUUGGCCAUGAACACCCCUGAGAUGAGUGACUGUGACCUCCUGCACACCCUGCGCUGGUCCUCCCGCCUGCAGAUCCCCUCCUACGUCGUGUGGAUCAAGGAUCACCUUAUCAAGCAGGGCAUGAAGGCUGAACAUGCUGCUCCUCUCAUUGAACUGACCUCCAGCAAGUGCAUCUCAGUGAAGUACGAUGUGGAAAUAGCAGAGGAAUACUUUGCUCGCCAGAUCUCUUCUUUCUGUGCUGUUGACUGCACAACCAUUCUCCAGCUGCAUGAAGUUCCCAGUUUACAAUCCAUCUACACCCUUGAUGCUGCAAUCUCCAAAAUCCAGGUUUCUCUAGAUGAGCACUUUUCCAAGUUAGCUGCAGAAACUGAUCCUCAGAAGUCCUCAGAGAUAACCAAGAACCUCCUCCCUGCCACACUGCAGCUCAUUGACACUUAUGCUACUUUUACCAGGUCGUACCUGCUGCGGAGCCUGUCAGAGGAGGGCUCCUCGGACAGCAAACCCUCCGAGGAGAAGCUGCGGGGCUACGCCGCCGUCCUGGCCAUCGGCUCCAGCCGCUGCAAGUCCAACACUCUGGGUCCAACCCUUGUCCAGAAUUUGCCAUCAGCUGUGCAGACCCUGUGUGAAUCCUGGAACAACAUCCACACCAACGAGUUCCCCAACAUUGGCUCAUGGCGCAACGCCUUUGCCAACGACACCAUCCCUGCAGAGAGCUACAUCAGUGCCGUGCAGGCUGCCCACCUGGGCACCCUCUGCAGCCAGAGCCUGCCCCUGGCAGCCUCCCUGAAGCACACCCUGCUGUCCCUGGUCAGGCUCACUGGGGAUCUCAUCGUCUGGUCAGAUGAUCUGAACCCACCCCAGGUGAUCCAUUCCCUGCUGCCCCUCCUUCUGGAGACCAGCACAGAGAGUGUGGCAGAAAUCAGCAGCAACUCCCUGGAAAGGAUCUUGGGCCCAGCAGAGUCUGAUGAAUUCCUGGCACGUGUUUAUGAGAAGUUGAUCACAGGGUGCUAUAACAUUCUGGCCCAUCACUCUGACCCAAACAGUGGCCUGGAUGAGUCCAUCUUGGAGGAAUGUUUGCAGCAUCUGGAGAAACAGCUGGAGAGUAGCCAGGCCAGAAAAGCCAUGGAGGAAUUCUUUUCAGAAAGUGGAGAACUGGUGCAGAUCAUGAUGGCGACAGCCAACGAGAACCUCUCAGCCAAGUUCUGUAACAGGGUGCUGAAAUUCUUCACCAAGCUCUUCCAGCUGACUGAGAAGAGCCCCAACCCCAGCCUGCUGCGCCUCUGUGGCUCCCUGGCCCAGCUGGCCUGCGUGGAGCCCGUGAGGCUGCAGGCCUGGCUGACCAGGAUGACCAUGUCCCCACCCAAGGACUCAGACCAGCUGGAUGUGGUGCAGGAGAACAGGCAGCUCCUGCAGCUCCUGACCACGUACAUUGUUCGGGAGAACAGCCAAGUGGGGGAAGGCGUGUGCACUGUUCUGCUAAGCACUCUGAUACCAAUGGCAACAGAGAUGUUGGCCAAUGGGGAUGGCACGGGCUUUCCUGAGCUGAUGGUCGUCAUGGCAACUUUGGCCAGUGCAGGACAAGGGGCAGGACACCUCCAGCUUCAUGGUGCUGCUGUGGACUGGCUGAGCAGAUGCAAGAAAUACCUGUCUCAGAAGAACGUGGUGGAAAAAAUGAAUGCCAACGUCAUGCAAGGGAAGCACGUGACAAUCCUGGAGUGCACAUGUCACAUCGUGUCCUACCUGGCCGAUGUGACCAACGCCCUGAGCCAGAGCGGCGGGCAGGGCCCCAGCCACCUGUCGGUGGAUGGCGAGGAGCGCGCCAUCGAGGUGGACUCGGACUGGGUGGAGGAGCUGGCCGUGGAGGAGGAGGACUCCCAGGCUGAGGACUCGGAUGAAGAUUCUCUCUGUAAUAAACUCUGUACCUUCACCAUCACACAGAAAGAAUUCAUGAAUCAACACUGGUACCACUGUCACACUUGCAAGAUGGUUGAUGGGGUUGGUGUUUGCACAGUUUGUGCUAAAGUUUGUCACAAGGAUCAUGAGAUUUCUUACGCCAAGUACGGAUCCUUCUUCUGUGACUGUGGAGCCAAGGAGGAUGGCAGCUGCCUGGCAUUGGUGAAGAGAACUCCCAGCAGUGGGAUGAGCUCUACCAUGAAGGAAUCAGCGUUCCAGAGCGAGCCCCGCGUGCCCGAGAGCGUCAUCCGCCACGCCAGCACGUCCCCAGCUGAGAAGGCCAAGGUCACCAUCAGUGAGGGCAAGGGCCCCGACGAGGAAAAGCCCAAAAAGAGCAGCUUGUGCAGAAAUGUGGAGGGCUGCCGAGAGGAGCUGCAGUCCCAGGCCAACUUCUCCUUUGCACCUUUGGUGCUGGAGAUGCUGAAUUUCCUGAUGGACGCCAUUCAGGUCAACUUCCAGCAAGCUUCAGCCAUGGGCAGCAGCAGCCGAGCCCAGCAGGCUCUCAGUGAGCUCCACACGUUGGACAAAUCAGUAGAAAUGACAGAUCAGCUGAUGGUCCCGACCCUCGGCUCUCAGGAAGGCGCCUUUGAGAACGUGCGCAUGAACUACAGCGGGGACCAGGGCCAGACCAUCCGGCAGCUGAUCAGCGCACACGUGCUGCGCCGCGUGGCCAUGUGUGUGCUGUCCUCGCCCCACGGGCGCCGCCAGCACCUGGCUGUCAGCCACGAGAAGGGCAAGAUCACAGUGCUGCAGCUCUCAGCCCUGCUGAAACAAGCAGACUCCAGCAAAAGGAAACUGACCCUCACCCGCCUGGCGUCUGCCCCCGUCCCAUUCACGGUGCUGAGCCUGACUGGGAACCCCUGCAAGGAGGAUUACCUGGCUGUGUGUGGGCUGAAGGAUUGCCAUGUGUUAACAUUCAGCAGCUCUGGAUCAGUCUCUGAUCAUUUGGUGCUUCAUCCCCAACUGGCCACUGGGAAUUUCAUCAUCAAAGCCGUGUGGUUGCCAGGAUCUCAGACAGAGCUGGCCAUUGUCACUGCAGACUUUGUGAAGAUUUAUGACCUCUCAGUAGAUGCCUUGAGUCCAACUUUUUACUUCCUCCUACCGAGUUCUAAAAUCAGGGAUGUCACUUUCCUGUUCAACGAGGAAGGGAAGAACAUCAUUGUGAUCAUGUCCUCUGCUGGCUACAUCUACACACAGCUCAUGGAGGAGGCCAGCAGUGCCCAGCACGGGCCCUUCUAUGUCACCAAUGUGCUUGAAGUCAACCACGAGGAUCUGAAGGACAGCAAUGGCCAGGUGGCAGGAGGGGGGGUGUCAGUCUAUUACUCCCACGUGCUGCAGAUGUUGUUCUUCAGCUACUGCCAAGGCAAAUCCUUCGCAGCCACCAUCAGCCGGGCCAGCCUGGAAGUGCAGCGGCUCUUCCCAAUUAACAUCAAGAGUUCCAAUGGUGGCAGUAAGACUUCUCCAGCCCUGUGUCAGUGGUCUGAGGUGAUGAACCACCCUGGCCUGGUGUGCUGUGUCCAGCAGACCACGGGUGUCCCACUGGUGGUGAUGGUGAAGCCAGACACUUUCCUCAUCCAGGAGAUUAAGACCUUGCCAGCCAAAGCAAAGAUCCAGGACAUGGUGGCCAUCCGUCACACAGCCUGCAACGAGCAGCAGAGGACCACCAUGAUCCUGCUGUGUGAGGAUGGCAGCCUGAGGAUCUACAUGGCCAACGUGGAGAACACGUCCUACUGGCUGCAGCCGUCCCUGCAGCCCAGCAGUGUCAUCAGCAUCAUGAAACCCGUCCGCAAGCGCAAGGCAGCCGCCAUCACAACUCGCACAUCCAGCCAGGUGAACUUCCCCAUUGACUUCUUUGAGCACAACCAGCAGCUCACAGAUGUGGAGUUUGGAGGCAAUGACCUGCUGCAGGUGUACAAUGCCCAGCAGAUAAAGCACCGCCUCAAUUCCACGGGCAUGUACGUGGCCAACACAAAGCCUGGGGGUUUCACCAUUGAAGUGACCAACAACAACAGCACGAUGGUGAUGACGGGCAUGCGGAUCCAGAUCGGCACCCAGGCCAUCGAGAGAGCUCCCUCCUACCUGGAGAUCUUCGGGCGCACCAUGCAGCUCAACAUGACCCGUGCCCGCUGGUUCGACUUCCCCUUCACCCGGGAGGAGGCCCUGCAGGCUGACAAGAAACUCACCAUCUUCAUUGGGGCUUCUGUGGAUCCUGCUGGAGUCACCAUGAUGGAUUCCAUAAAAAUUUAUGGCAAAACCAAAGAGCAGUUUGGCUGGCCUGAUGAGCCCCCCGAGGACUUCCCAUCUGCUUCUGUGAGCAACGUUUGUCCCCCAAACCUCAACCAAGGGAAUGGCACUGGGGACACCGAGUCAGCUGCCCCUGCUGCUGCCAGUGGGACUGUCCUGGAAAGGCUAGUAGUGAGUUCUUUAGAAGCGCUGGAAAGCUGCUUUGCUGUGGGACCAGUCAACGAGAAGGAGAAGAAUAAGAUUGCAGCUCAGGAACUGGCUACAGUGCUGCUGUCCAUGCCAGCCCCUUCCAGCGUGCAGCAGCAGACCAAGAGCCUCCUGGCCAGCCUGCACACCAGCCGUUCAGCCUACCACAACCACAAGGAUCAAGCACUGCUAAGCAAAGCCAUUCAGUAUUUGACUUCCUCAACCAAAGAAGGAAAAGACCUUGAUCCUGAGGUGUUCCAGAGAUUGGUCAUCACUGCUCGAUCCAUUGCUAUUAUGAGACCCAACAAUCUGGUCCACUACACAGAAUCAAAGCUGCCACAGCUGGAAACAGAGAGUGAAGAAGGGCAGGAGGCCCAGAAACACACGGAAGGAGAGGGCUGCACCUUCAUUACCCAGCUGGUGAACCACUUCUGGAAGCUCCAUGCAUCAAAACCCAAAAAUGCCUUCCUGGCCCCUGCCUGCCUGCCAGGUCUCACUCACGUUGAAGCCACAGUCAAUGCUUUGGUGGAUAUUAUCCAUGGAUACUGCACGUGUGAGCUGGACUGCAUCCAUACUGCAUCCAAGAUCUACAUGCAGAUGUUACUUUGCCCAGACCCAGCAGUAAGCUUUUCCUGCAAGCAAGCUCUGAUCAGGGUGCUGAGACCCCGGAACAAGCGGCGACACGUGACGCUGCCAUCGUCCCCCCGCAGCAACACUCCCAUGGGAGAUAAGGAUGAUGAUGAUGAUGACGAUGCAGAAGACAAGCUGCAGAGCUCGGGGAUAGCAAAUGGAGAGCACAUCCGCCAGGAGAGCCAGGAGCAGAGCGAGGUGGAUCACGGGGACUUUGAGAUGGUGUCUGAAUCCAUGGUUCUGGAGACUUCUGAGAACGUGAAUAAUGGGAACCCUUCUCCUCUGGAGGCUCUCCUGGCUGGAGCAGAGGGAUUCCCUCCCAUGCUGGAUAUCCCUCCAGAUGCAGAUGAUGAGACAAUGGUGGAGUUGGCUAUUGCCCUGAGCCUGCAACAAGAUCAGCAAGGGAGCAGCAGCAGUGCCCUUGGAUUGCAGAGCUUAGGACUGUCUGGCCAAGCUCCCAGCUCCUCCUCCCUCGAUGCUGGAACCCUCUCGGACACAACAGCAUCAGCUCCAGCGUCCGACGACGAGGGCAGCACGGCGGCCACGGACGGCUCCACGCUGCGGACAUCGCCCGCGGAGCACGGCGGCAGCGUGGGCUCGGAGAGCGGCGGCAGCGCCGUGGACUCGGUGGCCGGGGAGCACAGCGUGUCUGGCCGGAGCAGUGCCUACGGGGACACCACAGCCGAGGGCCACCCCGCGGGGCCGGGCAGCAUCAGCUCCAGCACUGGAGCCAUCAGCACCACCACGGGCCAGCAGGAGGGAGAGGGCUCCGAGGGGGAAGGGGAGGCAGAGGGGGAUGUCCACACCAGCAACAGGCUGCACAUGGUCCGGCUGAUGCUGCUGGAGAGGCUGCUGCAGAAUUUACCCCAGCUGAGGAACGUGGGGGGGGUCCGGGCCAUCCCCUACAUGCAGGUUAUUCUGAUGCUCACAACAGACCUGGAUGGAGAUGAUGAGAAAGACAAGGGAGCUUUGGAUAACCUUCUGUCCCAGCUGAUUGCAGAGCUGGGCAUGGACAAAAAGGAUGUGUCCAAGAAAAACGAGCGCUCCCCCGUGAACGAGGUGCACUUGGUAGUGAUGAGGCUGCUCAGUGUCUUCAUGUCCAGAACCAAGUCAGGAUCCAAGACUUCCAUUUGUGAGGCUUCCUCCCUGAUCUCCAGUGCCACAGCAGCUGCCUUGCUGAGCUCUGGUGCUGUUGAUUACUGUCUACACGUGCUCAAGUCCCUGCUGGAGUACUGGAAGAGCCAGCAGAACGAUGAGGAGCCUGUGGCCACCAGCCAGCUCCUGAAGCCUCACACCACUUCCUCUCCCCCUGACAUGAGCCCCUUUUUCCUGCGCCAGUAUGUGAAGGGUCAUGCUGCAGAUGUUUUUGAGGCCUACACUCAGCUCCUGACAGAGAUGGUGCUGCGCCUGCCCUACCAGAUCAAGAAGAUUGCAGACACAAACUCCCGCAUCCCCCCACCCAUCUUUGAUCACUCCUGGUUCUACUUUUUGUCUGAGUACCUGAUGAUCCAGCAGACGCCGUUCGUGCGCCGCCAGGUGCGCAAGCUGCUGCUCUUCAUCUGCGGCUCCAAGGACAAAUACCGGCAGCUGCGGGACCUGCACACCCUGGACUCGCACGUCAGGGGCAUCAAAAAGCUGCUGGAGGAGCAGGGAAUCUUCCUCAGGGCCAGUGUGGUGACAGCCAGCUCGGGCUCUGCCCUGCAGUACGACACCCUCAUCUCCCUGAUGGAACAUCUGAAGGCUUGUGCAGAGAUUGCCACACAGAGAACAGUGAACUGGCAGAAAUUCUGCAUCAAGGAUGACUCUGUUCUCUAUUUCCUGCUCCAAGUCAGCUUCCUGGUAGACGAAGGAGUCUCCCCGGUUCUCCUGCAGCUGCUGUCUUGUGCUCUGUGUGGCAGCAAAGUGCUGUCUGUGGCUUCAUCCUCUGGAGCUUCGAGCACCUCUUCCACCUCUGCUCCUGCAGCAUCAGGCUCUGGGCAGGCAGCAGCGCAGAGCAAAUCCUCCACCAAAAAGAGCAAGAAGGAGGAAAAGGAGAAGGAGCGAGAGGGUGAGGGUUCAGGCAGUCAGGAGGACCAGCUGUGCACGGCCCUGGUGAACCAACUGAACAAGUUUGCUGACAAAGAGACCCUCAUCCAGUUCCUGCGCUGCUUCCUGCUGGAAUCCAACUCCUCCUCAGUGAGGUGGCAGGCCCACUGCCUGGCCCUGCACAUCUACAGGAACUCCAACAAGUCCCAGCAGGAGUUACUGCUGGAUCUCAUGUGGUCCAUCUGGCCAGAACUCCCAGCCUAUGGAAGAAAGGCUGCCCAGUUUGUAGAUCUCCUGGGAUACUUCUCCCUGAAAACACAGCAGACAGAGAAAAAGCUGAAGGAAUAUUCCCAAAAGGCCGUGGAGAUCCUCCGGACUCAAAACCACAUUCUCACCAACCACCCCAACUCCAACAUUUACAACACGUUGUCUGGGCUAGUGGAAUUUGAUGGCUACUACCUGGAGAGUGAUCCUUGCCUUGUCUGCAACAACCCCGAGGUGCCCUUCUGUUACAUCAAGCUCUCGUCCAUCAAAGUGGACACACGCUACACGACCACGCAGCAGGUGGUGAAGCUCAUUGGCAGCCACACCAUCAGCAAGGUGACAGUGAAGAUUGGAGACCUGAAAAGAACCAAGAUGGUGCGAACCAUCAACCUCUACUACAACAACAGGACCGUGCAGGCCAUCGUGGAGCUGAAGAACAAGCCAGCACGCUGGCACAAGGCCAAGAAGGUGCAGCUGACACCGGGACAGACAGAGGUGAAGAUCGAUCUGCCCCUGCCCAUCGUGGCCUCCAACCUGAUGAUCGAGUUCGCUGAUUUCUACGAGAACUACCAGGCGUCCACAGAGACCCUGCAGUGCCCGCGCUGCAGCGCCUCGGUGCCCGCCAACCCCGGCGUGUGCGGCAACUGCGGCGAGAACGUCUACCAGUGCCACAAGUGCAGGUCCAUCAAUUAUGAUGAGAAGGAUCCUUUCCUGUGCAAUGCCUGUGGUUUCUGUAAAUAUGCUCGAUUUGACUUCAUGCUCUAUGCCAAGCCCUGCUGUGCUGUGGACCCCAUCGAGAACGAGGAGGAUCGCAAGAAGGCAGUGACAAACAUCAACACUCUGCUGGACAAGGCUGACAGGGUGUACCACCAGCUGAUGGGACACCGACCACAGCUGGAGAACCUCCUGUGCAAAGUGAACGAGGCAGCCCCUGAAAAACCCCAGGAUGAGUCGGGCAGCAGUGGAGGGAUCAGUUCUACCUCAGCCAGUGUGAACAGGUACAUCCUGCAGUUAGCCCAGGAGUACUGUGGGGACUGCAAGAACUCCUUCGAUGAACUCUCCAAAAUCAUCCAGUACAGCAGAUCAUCACAGUGUUAUCUUUUUCCUCUUGGAAUCAGGGACAAUCCAGAGGCCACACAGCAAAUGAAUGACUUAAUCAUUGGAAAGGUUUCUGCUGCUCUGAAGGGACACUGGGCAAAUCCAGACUUGGCGAGCAGCCUCCAGUACGAGAUGCUGCUGCUGACAGACUCCAUCUCCAAGGAGGACAGCUGCUGGGAGCUGCGCCUGCGCUGCGCUCUCAGCCUCUUCCUCAUGGCAGUGAACAUCAAGACUCCCGUGGUUGUUGAAAACAUCACCCUCAUGUGCCUGCGCAUCCUUCAGAAGCUCAUCAAGCCACCUGCUCCAACCAGCAAGAAAAACAAGGAUGUGCCCAUGGAUGCUCUCACCACUGUGAAGCCGUACAGCAAUGAAAUCCAUGCACAGGCUCAGCUGUGGCUCAAGAGGGACCCCAAAGCAUCAUAUGAAGCUUGGAAGAAGUGCCUCCCUGCCAGAGGUGCAGAUGCCAAUGGGAAAACUCCCAGCAAAGCUGAGCUUCACCAGCUCUACUUGUCAGAAAAAUACAUCUGGAAGUGGAAGCAGUUCAUGAGUCGCCGUGGGAAGAGAACCUGUCCUCUGGAUCUCAAGCUGGGACACAACAAUUGGCUGCGCCAGGUGCUGUUCACUCCUGCCACCCAGGCUGCCAGGCAGGCUGCCUGCACCAUCGUGGAGGCCCUGGCCACCAUCCCCAGCAGGAAGCAGCAGGUCCUUGAUCUCCUCACCAGCUACCUGGAUGAGCUGAGCAUUGCUGGUGAAUGUGCUGCUGAGUACCUGGCCCUGUAUCAGAAACUCAUCAAACCUGCCCACUGGAAGGUCUACCUGGCAGCCAGAGGGGUUCUGCCCUACAUUGGCAGCCUCAUCACUAAGGAAAUAGCUCGUUUGCUCGCCCUGGAGGAGGCAACACUCAGCACGGAUUUGCAGCAGGGAUAUGCCCUGAAGAGUCUCACAGGUCUUCUCUCUUCCUUCGUGGAGGUGGAGUCCAUCAAAAGGCACUUCAAGAGCCGGCUGGUGGGCACGGUGCUCAAUGGCUACCUGUGCCUGAGGAAGCUGGUGGUGCAGAGGACAAAGCUGAUUGAUGAGACCCAGGACAUGCUGCUGGAAAUGCUGGAGGACAUGACAACAGGCACAGAGUCAGAGACCAAGGCGUUCAUGGCCGUGUGCAUAGAGACUGCCAAGCGUUACAGCCUCGAUGACUACAGGACCCCAGUGUUCAUCUUCGAGAGGCUCUGCAGCAUCAUCUACCCUGAGGAGAAUGAAGUCACCGAGUUCUUUGUCACUCUGGAGAAGGAUCCCCAGCAGGAAGAUUUCCUGCAGGGCAGGAUGCCAGGGAAUCCCUACAGCAGUAACGAGCCUGGCAUUGGGCCUCUCAUGAGGGACAUCAAGAACAAGAUCUGCCAGGACUGUGACCUGGUGGCUCUGCUGGAGGACGACAGCGGGAUGGAGCUUUUGGUGAACAACAAGAUCAUCAGUCUGGAUCUGCCUGUGGCUGAGGUCUACAAGAAGGUGUGGUGUCCCACAAACGAGGGGGAGCCCAUGAGGAUCAUUUACCGCAUGCGGGGGUUACUGGGAGAUGCAACGGAGGAAUUCAUCGAGUCCCUGGACUCCACCACUGAUGAGGAGGAGGAUGAGGAGGAAGUGUACAAGAUGGCAGGGGUGAUGGCCCCGUGUGGAGGCCUGGAGUGCAUGCUCAACAGACUGACUGGCAUCAAGGACUUCAAACAGGGCCGACACCUCUUAACUGUGCUGUUAAAACUCUUCAGUUACUGUGUGAAGGUGAAAAUAAACAGGCAGCAGCUGGUCAAGCCAGAGAUGAACACUUUGAAUGUCAUGCUGGGGACUCUCAACUUGGCUCUGGUGGCUGAGCAGGAGAGCAAGGACAGCGGGGGAGCAGCGGUGGCAGAGCAGGUGCUCAGCAUCAUGGAGAUCAUUCUGGAUGAAUCCAACGCGGAACCUCUGAGCGAGGACAAGGGCAACCUCCUCCUCACGGGGGACAAGGACCAGCUGGUGAUGCUGCUGGACCAGAUCAACAGCACCUUUGUGCGCUCCAACCUGAGCGUGCUGCAGGGGCUGCUGCGCAUCAUCCCCUACCUGUCCUUCGGGGAGAUGGAGAAGAUGCAGAUCCUGGUGGAGCGCUUCAAGCCCUACUGUAACUUUGAUAAGUAUGAUGAGGAGCACAGUGGAGAUGAUAAAGUUUUCCUGGAUUGCUUCUGUAAAAUAGCAGCAGGAAUAAAGAACAACAGCAACGGCCAUCAGCUGAAGGAUCUCAUCCUGCAGAAGGGGAUUACACAAAAUGCUCUGGAUUACAUGAAAAAGCACAUUCCCAGUGCAAAGAAUUUGGAUGCAGACAUAUGGAAGAGGUUCUUAUCUCGACCUGCACUUCCUUUUAUCCUGCGCCUGCUCCGAGGCCUUGCGACGCAGCACCCUGCAACACAGGUGCUAAUAGGAACAGACUCCAUCACCAACCUGCACAAACUGGAGCAGGUGUCGAGUGAUGAGGGGAUUGGGACGUUGGCAGAGAACCUCCUGGAGGCACUGAGGGAGCACCCCGAGGUGAACAAGAAGAUCGACGCCGCGCGGAAGGAGACGCGCGCCGAGAAGAAGAGGAUGGCCAUGGCCAUGAGGCAGAAGGCCCUGGGCACCCUGGGCAUGACGACAAAUGAGAAGGGCCAGGUGGUGACCAAGACUGCGCUGCUUAAACAGAUGGAGGAGCUGAUAGAGGAACCAGGACUGACGUGCUGCAUCUGCCGGGAGGGAUACAAGUUCCAGCCCACCAAGGUGCUGGGGAUUUACACCUUCACCAAGCGCGUGGCGCUCGAGGAGUUCGAGAACAAGCCCCGCAAGCAGCAGGGCUACAGCACCGUGUCCCACUUCAACAUCGUGCACUACGACUGCCACCUGGCAGCUGUCAGACUCGCUCGGGGCCGUGAGGAGUGGGAGAGUGCAGCCCUGCAAAAUGCCAACACCAAGUGCAAUGGGCUCCUGCCAGUGUGGGGGCCCCACGUGCCAGAGUCUGCUUUUGCCACGUGCUUGGCACGACACAACACCUACCUGCAGGAGUGCACGGGGCAGAGGGAGCCCACGUACCAGCUCAACGUGCACGAUAUCAAGCUGCUGUUCCUGCGCUUCGCCAUGGAGCAAUCGUUCAGCAUCGACACCGGGGGCGGCGGCCGCGAGAGCAACAUUCACCUCAUUCCCUACAUCAUCCACACCGUGCUCUACGUGCUCAACACCACCCGGGCGACGUCGCGGGAGGAGAAGAACCUGCAGAGCUUCCUGGAGCAGCCCCGGGAGAAGUGGGUGGAAAGCGCCUUCGAGGUGGACGGGCCCCACUACUACACCGUGCUGGCCCUGCACAUCUGUCCCCCAGAGAGGUGGAGAGCCAUCCGUGGGGACAUCCUGCGGCGCCUCCUUGUCACCGCCCACGCCCGCGUGGUGUCCCCGGGAGGGGCCAGCAGACUGGCAGACAAGGCAGUGAAGGAUUACGCCACGUACCGCUCGGGGCUGCUCUUCUGGGCCCUCGUAGAUCUCAUUUACAACAUGUUCAAGAAGGUGCCUACCAGUAACACAGAGGGAGGCUGGUCCUUCUCUCUGGCUGAGUUCAUCCGACACAACGACAUGCCAAUCCACGAGGCUGCAGACAAGGCCCUGAAAACCUUCCAGGAGGAAUUCAUGCCAGUGGAAACGUUUUCUGAGUUUUUGGAUGUGGCUGGACUCUUGUCAGAAAUCAACGAUCCUGACAGUUUCCUCAAGGAUCUCUUGAACUCCAUCCCCUGAGCCGCCAGCACGGAGCAGCUUCAGGCAGAGCCUCCAGCGCUUGCCCUGCACCCCUGUGUCCCUCCUCUGCAGUCUGGCCCUCCCCUGAGGAGUGCUGCGGGUUUUUGUUGGAUUUUUUUUUUGUUGUUUUGGUUUGGGUUUUUUUUUGUUUUGUUUUGUUUUUGUUUUGUUUUUUAUUUUCUACAAUUUUUCUUCAUGGAGUGAUUUGGAAUUUAGAUUUGUUUUAUCUUGUGUUUCAGCGCUUCUAUCUGUAAAGCCUUGUGCAUUCAAGCUGUUUGAAAGAACUUGUACAGAGAGGAAUCCAAACCAGUAAAUCUUAAUGCUUUAGUGUGCACCUCUUUGAAGUUAAAUAAACCGAACAAAUGGGUAA